AUGCACUCGCACCUUCUCUCUUCCAUCCUGCCAGGACUGGAACAGGAGCUGCAGGCUUCAUCCUUCUCCUGCCCAGACGAAGACAUUGCUUUCGUCUCCUGCCUCACGGGAGCUCAUGAGACCAACGAAGUGGCGCAGCCAGCGUAUUGGCUCAGCCACGACACAGCGCGUCCGGUGGAGUUCAUUCGUGCAAUGAAAGCGCUGGCUGAUUCCUCCUGCAACUCCUACAUCGAGAUCGGCCCGCACCCAGUGCUGUUGCGGCUCGGGCAGAGUUGUCUGGGCCAGUCUGCUGGAGAAGUGACUUGGCUUCCAAGCCUGGAGGCAGACCGCUCCGAAACGGAGUGCAUGCUUUCGGCCUUGCGAUCCUUGCAGGAAAGCUUCACACCGCCCCAGCUCCAACUGACGCGAGUACCAUGGGUAAGACCUUGGCUUCAUCCACUUUUGGGUUCUACCCAUCUAGAGAAUGGCUUGCAGGCAUUUCGAUCCCGCACCGCGCUGUGGGACGACAGCUCAACUACAGCCACUCCGGUCAUUCGUCUGUUUCGCCAGCAUCGGGUCGGUGGGCAGGUGGUGCUUCCAGCAGCUUCGCACUUGCUGCUGAUGUCGUGCGCCACAAUGGUCGCACAGCAUCCAGACAAGGUGGAUUCCUUCGCGCCAGAGACGUUCGUGGAACUUAGCGACACGGUCUUUGAAUCCGCCUUUGUGCUCUCCGAUUCACGGCAGACCCAAGCGGAAGUGCAGAUCCUGCCUUCGGGGAUCAGACUGUCGAGCCGUGGCACAGACGCCAGCCAAGCAGCUCAAGCAGUCCAUGCACAGUCCAGCAAUGCAAGUAUCGUCGGGGGACCUGGCGCCCGCGGAGCGAUGCUUCAGCACAGCUUGGUGGAAUGGAAGUCACACUGUCCCUCCUUUCAGACAUCUGCAGACGCUUACAGGACUUUGGAGCAGUGUGGACUCGAGUAUGGCCCGAGCUUCCGUGCCAUCUCCUCCUUCUCUGUGAGCCAUGACGGCUUGCGUGUGCUGGGACGUUUGGCAUUGAAGUUGGAGACCUGGGAUCGCUCCCUCAACAUGCACCCUGGUAUCUUGGAUGGUGCUAUCCAGCUUUUGCUGCUGGCCUGCCCAAAUUUUCAGCAGUGCUUUCUUCCAUUCAGCAUCGAUAGCUGCAUCAUUGCGACUACCUUCCCAUCUUGGGACCUGUGGGUCACAGUGCGUGUUCGAAGUGCUUCUGCAGAAGCUGUUUCUGGUGAUUUGGAAGUCUCUACGGAUGACGGUGUCCUCGUUGCGCGGCUGAGCCGGUUGACCUGCAGAGCGCAUCGUCCAGAGUCAGCGCAGCUUUCACAGUUUUCGCAGAUGACGUAUCAUGUGGCCUUCGUGGAGAUGGCAAACCGGCCCAGCUACGCUUUGCCCCAGAGCGUGCAACGAGCACUGGUCUGUUGCUCCAAGAAGUAUCAGGAGCGGGUUCUAGCCGCCUUGUCCUGGACAGCCGAGAGAUGCAAGUUUGUCGAAGACGCACCUAGUGCGCUUUCCUUGCUCGGCUCCGGGGACUUUGGGUACAUUGCCUUCCUCGCAGAGGAGGAGCCACUGGAAGCCCUCUGCACUGCUCUGCAGGUGUUGCAGACGGCAGCCAAGUUCAACACAACCGUCGUGCUGGUUGCUCAGGGAACUCAGCCACCAGAGCUGGACCAGAAUUCCUUCGAUCCGACGCAUGCAGGCCUCUGGGGCUUGGCUCGGUCGGCAAGGCUGGAAAUGCCAGAGCUGAGCAUCACGUGCCUGGAUUUACCACCAGAUGGAACUCACACCGCUCCCGUGACCGCUCCCGUGGCUCCACCGCUGGCUCCACCACUGUCUCCUACUAGUUGGCAGGAGCAGGACCCAUGUUUUCGAGAGAAGGCCGCCUACGCUGCAAGGUUGCAGAGGAGCUCGUUGAGUCCUCGGUGGCCCGUGCAGCUCUCUCUACCAAGUCGGGGUACUUUCUCGUCCUUGGUUCCGGUCGCACAGCAGUCAAAGCUGGGCUGUUUCCGCAUAGCAGCUGUUGGUCUCAACUUCCGAGACGUCUUGAACGUGCUGGACUUGUAUCCCGGUGAUCCAGGGGACCCUGGCCUGGACUGCAGCGGAAUUCUGGUUGAUCCACAAGAAUCAAUACCAUCUGGAACUAAGCUUUUUGGCAUCUCAUUUGGCUGCUUACGAACCUUUGCAACGGUCAAGGAGCCAAGAUUACUCGCUCAACGUCCACCAAGAUGGUCCCAUGCAGAAGCUGCUGCUCUGCCAACCGUCUUUACAACAGUUGACAUGGCAUUCGGCAAGUUGGCUGACUUGCAGGCGGGGCAGCGCGUGCUCAUCCAUGCUGGAGCAGGUGGUGUUGGACUGACGGCCGUGCAGUAUGCUUUACGGCUUGGUGCUGUGGUGUACACGACAGCAGGGAAGGAGGACAAGCAGCGGCAUCUUCGCCAAAUGGGUGUCAAAUGUGUCACAAGUUCGAGAGAUGGCAGGAAAUUUGAGGAAGAACUGGCUGCAGUGCUGGCAGAAGAAAACGAUGCGAAACUCGAUGUCAUUCUGAAUAGUCUCAGCCAUGACAACUUCAUUGGGCGAUCUCUUUCCUUCCUCGGAACUGGAGGAUUCUUCAUCGAAAUCGGCAAGCGUGGCAUCUGGACGCACGAGGAGAUGGCGAACUCGCGGCCUGAUGUACACUACAGGACUCUAGCAAUGGACACCAUCUGUGAAGAAGCUCCUGGGCAGUUCCAAGAGCUUAUGCAACGACUCUCAGCAAGGAUGGUGAGUGGAGCCUGGGAUCCAAUACCAUGCAGAGUCUUUGAAGGCUUGGAAGCAUGCCCUGAAGCCCUGCAAAUACUUCGCAAAGCUGAUCACAUUGGGAAGAUUGUCGUCACAUUGCCGUCACCACUGCAGAUCCGGGAGGGGGCGUCGUACUUGGUCACCGGCGGAACUGGUGCGUUGGGCCUUGCUUUGAGCCGUGCUCUUCUGGAAGAGGGGGCAGACGAUCUGGUCCUCUUGUCACGCAAUGGCAAUGCAACUUCGACGAUGCCACCCUGGCUGGAGCGCUCAGCAGCUCGGGUGUCAUGUUGGCAAUGCGACCUCGGUGCACAGGGCUCACAAGCUCAUGACGUCCUGCAGAAGGAUGUUGACAGCCUGACGGCCCUGGCUGGUGUUUUCCACCUGUCUGGCAUCUUGAAGGAUGGUCUUCUGGCACACCUUCAGAGGCAAGAUAUUGACGCUACAUUCGGUCCAAAGGUCCGUGGGCUUCAAGCCAUCCAGAAGGUGUUGACGCGGAGUGGUCGAUGGCAGCACUUGGACUUCCUUUUGGCUUUUUCUUCCACGGCCGCGAUCUUGGGCUCUGCGGGGCAAGCAAACUAUGCAGCCGCCAACGCCGCGAUGGAUGCUCAAAUUCACCAACUGCGCUUAUCCGGCUGGAAGGCCUUCAGCCUGCAGUGGGGAGCGUGGCUCAACAUGGGAAUGGCGCAGCCGCGAAGCCUGCGGCACCUGUGUCAACGAGGAAUUCCCGUUGAUGUGGGUCUGGCUGUCAUGGCAUCGGCAAUGGACCUGGCGAUCGGACCACAAAGCGAAAGCGCCGUCAGUUGUGCAAACGUGGAUUGGGAGGCAUUUCUUCGACCUCUGCAAGCUCAGCAGUAUUUCAAGUCGGUGCGGCCUGACCACAGUGAAUCGCGACGUGCUGACGUGAGCCCAGAUGGUGAUGCAAGCCACAGGAUCAAAGGAGUUCCUGCACCGUACGAGAAUGCUUUGGACUGGGUUCUAGCAGUGCUGGCUGACUUGAUUGGCGAAGAGCUCGACCCUGAAGACCCAUUGACUGCAGCUGGUUUGGAUUCCCUUUCUGCCGUGGAAUUCCGACGAAAGCUCUCAACUGACAGUGGUAUUCCGUUGCCGCAAACUCUUGCAUUUGAUUACCCGACUGCCCACCAAGUAGCAGCAUUUAUAACAUGCCAGGGGUCUGUGCGAGGAACUCAGGGUACAGAAGAUGCGGAGCGCCCGGAGUUGCGCAAGAAGGUUUGUGUGCAAGGCAAUGCCUGCCGCAUUCCUGGAUUGGAAGCUGAUUCGAUUUCCUCGACAGCUUUCGAAGCCUGGCAUAUCUUUUGCAAGCAGGUUGAUGCUGUCACGGAGGUCCCUCUACGACGUUUUGACAUCAACGAGUGCUUUGAUGCCAAUAUGUCGGGUGCAGAUUUCGUGACAUAUGCAAGGCAUGCCAGCAUUGUGGAAGGAACGGAUCUAUUCGAUCAUCGGAUGUUUGGAAUCUCCGGCAAUGAAGCCGCUGCAAUUGACCCCCAGCAGCGCAACACCCUUGAAGUAGCUUAUGCAGCAUGCCACAAUGCUGGCCGACUGCGCAAGUCCCUUGCCAAAGCUGCUAUCGGCGUUUUUGUCGGACAAUGCGCAAAUGACUGGGCCAAGACCACAAGAGAGCGAAGGGCAGGUACGUUCAUGGGCCCAGGCACUCACGCGAGUAUUGCCGCAAAUCGCCUCUCCUUCUGCCUGGGGCUAGAGGGCGUCAGUGCCACCAUCGACACGGCUUGCUCAUCUACCCUGGUUGCGCUGGAAAUCUCAAUCUUGCAGCUGCGCAUGGGGCUUGAAGCGGUGAUUUGCAGCGGCAGUCAGCUUAAUUUGAUCGCGGAACCCUUUGUCGCAUUUAGCAAUGGGAGACUGCUGUCAGCGAGCGGAAGGUGCAGAACAUUCGAUGCAUCGGCGGAUGGUUUUGCACGAGGGGAGGGCUUUGGCUCUUUCUUUGUCGUGCAGGCAGAGGAUGACCGUGGCCCCGCUGUGCUGGGCUCCAUGGCCAAUCAGGAUGGCCGGAGCUCGUCCCUCACAGCACCGAACGGACCUGCUCAACAGCGAGUCAUCAACGCGGCCCUUGGCCUGUCAGGCCUGAAAGGAGCUGAUGUUUCAGCUGUUGAGUGCCAUGGCACUGGAACAGCCCUGGGCGACCCCAUCGAGGUCGGUGGGCUGCGCGGAACACUUGGCGAUGAUCGCCUGCAAAACCUCUUCUUAAUGGCUGGAAAAAGCAAUGUUGGUCACCUUGAAGGUGGCGCUGGAGCACUGGGUUUACAGAAGUGCCUCGCCGUCGUGACGCAGCUUCAGGUGCCGCCAAAUCUGCACCUGGCCUCCCUCAAUCCACACAUUGAGCUACGGGACUUCCAAGCGCAAGUUUCGACAACCCUGGAAACGUUUUCUGCUGCCACAUCCAGUAUGAACGUUGGCCUGUCGUCAUUUGGAUUUGGUGGUACAAAUGCUCAUGCUCUACUCCAAACCUCGAGGCCACAGCCACGAGAGCCGUCGGAAGUGCCUCCUCUUAGCCUGCGACGAGUACCAUUCCCAUGGGCCCCACCAGUUCCACGCCUUCUUGGUCUUAAGCGCCGUGAGGGAAACUCACAAGUGUUCGAGGUGCAGGUUGAUGCAGAACUGGCUGCUCUGUGUCAACAUGCGGUCCACGGCCAGUCCUUCAUUUCAUCCUCGCUUUUCGUGGCAUUUGCCAUGGAAGCCUGCCGGCGACAUGCUAAACAGGCUGUUCAGUUGAAGAACGUGCACGUGGUGGCACCUUUAUUACUUCCCAGCGAUGGUCAGACCUGGUUGCGACUGACUCUAGUAGAGCAGCAGUUUCAAGUGCUGAGCAAACCUCGGCAGUCCAACGAGGCUUGGGCAGUACACUGCACUGGCCGCUAUGCCACACAGACGCAGGCAACGUCACGACCGUUGGCAACAAGCUUGGGCGGUACAUUUAGCAUUCUUGGCUCUGCGGCAGCACGCCAGAGGCAGUCGGCGGCACGUGGUUCUGAGACUUUCGAGGCCAUGUGCAAAAAUGCUGAACUCGUGGCGGACACCGCACUGGAGGAGUUGAGGGCAAGUGCGACCGCGGAAGGGAUCAGCUUGGGUGCAAUGGCUGCAAUGGACCACCUCAGCGAUGUGCACGUGAAGCGGGGCGAACUCUGUGCUCGCUUGCGAUUGCCUGCAGAUUCUUCGCAGAUGUUCGCUGUACAUCCAGCUCUUCUUCAAGCAAUCCAAUGCGCCGUCAUGGGCCUGUGUCGUUUCAAUGAAGUGCAUGUGGAAAGGUUGUCGCAGGACCUGGCUUCCAUCGUCUCAUGCUCUGCACCGAGCGUGGAUAUUCCCCCGGGCACACAGCACCUCAUUCUCCACAUGCGUCACAGAGGCGUCGCUUCAAGUCGCAGUCCGGUCACCGCUACGGUGAGUUUGGAUGGUGGGCCGACAGUGCUUGACAUGCAGGACGUUCAGUUCCGACCUGUGUCGAAGAAGCAAGUGGAGGCAGCGGCAUCCAUGCGGCAGACACAGCUGGACGUGCCCAGCAUCUUUGAACUGCAGUGGAUAACUGCGACAUCUCAAGGGAGGGGGCCUCUGGCUGCUGCUGUGUCCCGCUGUGUUCAAUGCAUGUUCGCUUUGGCAAAGGACACGGGUCUCGAUGCGGCAUCAUCAGCCUCAGAGCGGGUUUUGUUGAUCACUGGCGAGUGCUAUCGAGUGUUGGAGCUGCAACCCGGUGACUUCAAAGGAACGUCGGAGCUGGAUUGGAUUCAGCAGAUACAAGUCAAAAGUGGGCAAGAGGCCUCAUCGCUCUUGGAUGCAGUGGCUUGCCUGGCAUCCAAGCAGGCCUCUUGCCCAGUCGUUUUUCUGGACGAGAACGCGAAGGAGGAUUGGAGCUGGGCUGCCCCUCUUUCCAGUCCAAUUGUUUGCCUUGGAGUCCAUGAGGAUUUUGAGGAGGAGACGAUGCUGAUCCGCUCGGCGGUCAGCCCGACACAUGCUGCUCAGCUGGGGCCUGUCGCCUUACAUUCCUCCGCCUGCCUGCACAUUCUUUCCUCCGUGCGCUUGGGUGAUGCUGGUGCUCCCUUUGAGCCGGUGCGGCCAACAGUGGUGCAGAAGGACAGUGCACCCAGGGCUGUUUCGGCAAGAAGCUUCCGGCGAGCCUUGCCGCGCCGCCAGCCCGUGCGUUUCUUCUUGCGCUUAGAUGACUCGCCACGUUUGAGCAGCGGCAGCACCAAUGCACAGGUGCACCAGGCUAUUGUUGCUGCAUGUCUGGUUUCAAAGAGCGUCUACGACGACCGGGACACGCGCUUGUGUUUGGUCUGGCCAUCCUGUGACUCCGGCAAAUGCGACCGCUGCGUGACCGUGGACCGAAGCCUAAUGAAUUUAUCGAAAGGACGCUUGGUUCCGGCUGAGGGCCCCAUUCUCGACGCUCUGAAGUUGAAACUGGAGACCGAUGAGAAGUCUUUGGAGCAGUGCAUGGAUGACAUGGCAGCUGAGAGCUUGCAGCUAUCCUUGGGCAAAACUGCUGCGGUGCGAGUUUCUGAGGGUGAGCAGAGCAGCUGGCCAGAAUGGACUGUCCAAGCAAGCUGGCCAACUGAUCCGCUCAUAAUGAUGUUCCUCAACUGGCAUGGUGAUCUGCCAAUUCCAGAAACCGCAUCAAUUCGUGUUCCCGCUGGCAGUCCUGCCAAGAUGAUUGCCACCCUUCAGCACUGGCACAACCUUGGCGUCCUGGCAGCCCUGACGCCACGGCCGACAUUAGCAAGCCGCGACGAUGAAGAGCUACUUCAGGACAUUGGGCAGCUUGACCCUCAACCAGGCCAAGACGUUCACCUUGGUACCAUCGUUCCUUUCUGCGGCGCGGUUGUGGGCCGCGUCCGAAUGGGCCAUGUCCUCUUUGCAGACUGCGGGAGAUUUAAGGUCAUGUGCAAGGAGCAGCGGCUCGGGGCCUCGUUCCACGUGAUUGUGAGGGAACUUCACGUGGGUGAUAUUUUGUAUUGCAGAGGCUAUCCUGGGUAUGAGUACCAGGGCGAUGCUGCCAUCUUUGCAACGGAGAUUCUGGCGAUCGAGCCAGCUCAAGGCCUCAACUCGCAGGAAUCCGUCCUGUUCCAAGACGACAGCAUCCUCAUUGUAGACAAGCCUGCUGGGAAACUUGCUUGGGAGGACAACAGACAUCGGCAUGAGCGUGGAACUGCCCUGAGAGUUGAGGCGGAGCACUUGCUUCUUGCUCCUGAAGCUGAAGUCAGUGGUCCGGCCGUGUACAGCACUCGCGCGGACCACGAUCCUUCAUGCAUUCACUGCCGGCGGGAGUAUUUCGUCUUGGUGGCUGGACGACCAGUUGAGUUUUCCUGCAGCGCUGCUCUGCGACCGGCGCGUGGCAAACCGAAACAGUUUGCUGCAACCCAGCUGGAAACACUGUGGGAGGGUCCAGACUGCACUCUUCUGCGAGCAUCAGUGCAUGGACCUGAGACAAAGUCUCAAGUCUGCAGGCAUCUGCAUCUUUUGGGCUUCCCAGUUUGGGGUGACCGCCGCUUCGGGAGCCAACGAGCGAACCUGCGCUCACGGGCGGUGUUUGGCCUGGCAAAGCCGUGGUGCCACUUGGGGCGUUUGGAGCUCUUUGGAACCUUUGGCGGCGUGCGAGUCGAAAGCGUGCCGCCGCCGGACCUGCUGCGUGUCCUGCGAGCUGUUGGCGGCGAAUGGGAUUUCGUGUCAUCGGUGCAAAGACUCCCUCCGGUGAUGGUCUUGUCUCACCAAGAGAACGGUGUAGCUGCGCUGUCAGCAGUGGAGGACCUAGCCCGUUUCGCCAAGAUCUUUGUUGUCGCAUCGGGUACCGGAACCGCUCGUGCAGUGGAGGUGCUACAGGCAGCCGUCGAUGUUCUGAAAGAAGCCUCCAAGCUUGCGCCAGCUCCGGAGAUCUGGUUUGUGAUGGCAGGAACACAGGCUGCGCAAGCUGAGGACUUGGCUAAGAGCGAUGUGCCAUUCCACGCUGGUCUCUGGGGACUAGCUCGGUGUGCCAGGCGUGAGCAGCUCGUCAUGGUCGGCUGCAUCGACGUGGAUUCCACUUCCGCGCGGGCAAUCUUGAGCCGACUUCGGGCAGCACGAUGCCAGCAGGAGGACGAUGCCGAGCUCGCACCAGAGACAGAGCUCUUGGUACGAAGACUAACGCUGGACGCAGAGGAGUCUGACAGCAACGACGAGAGCGACUUCGAACGCUAUGUCGCACGACUAGAGCAGACAUCGUCCGAAGCGUGGGGCACUUGGCCACCACCCACCUUGCCCAGCGGCGGCUGGUUUGUCAUCAGUGGUGGCUGCAGCGGCCUGGGCCUCGCAUCAGCUGCUUGGCUUGCUACGCAGGGAGUUUCGCACUUGGCGUUGCUGUCCCGCACUGGACGAUGCAAGGACGACGCACAACUUCAGACUCUGGAAAAGAUGUGCGAAGCUUGUGAUCUCCGAGUUAUCCUUCGACCGUGCAACAUCGCCGUCAAGAAGGAGGUGGAGGACACGCUGGCUGGCUUGCAAGAAUGUGAUACCGCUUCGGUUAAAGGCAUCUUGCAUGCAGCAGGUGUGCUGGAGGAUCACACGAUCGCCCACCUGGAGACCGGCCACAUGCUGCCCGUGAUUUCUCCCAAGAUGGACGGAGCUGUCAAUCUUCACGAAUCAUCAAAACAUGUCGAGCACUUUGUGCUUUAUUCGUCAGUUGCGGCACUGCUGGGCUCUCCAGGGCAGGGCAACUAUGCUGCUGCCAAUUCGUUCCUGGAUUCAUUCGCCCUUUUCCGGCAUGCUAAAGGUUUGCCUGCACUUAGUGUGCAGUGGGGUCCAUGGGCAGAUGUGGGCAUGGCUGCCCGAAGCGGAGUUGGCGGACCCGGGUUUUGGGCUCCGAAAAUCUCUCCGGACAAUGCCCUACAGGCGCUGUCAGCGGUCAUUGCAACAUCUGGCAGAGGGCCUGCAGCCCUCGGCAUCACGCGCAUCAACUGGUCCGUGCUACUCAAGCGCAUGUCAGCCAUGCCGCCUGCCUGGGCGGAUUGGAAGUCUCACUGGGAGCGUCCAGACACCACGCGGGCUGAUUUGGUGUCGCAAGCAGUUCGGCAACUUCGGACUGGCGCAGACCAAGGUCAGACACAGCAGACAAGGGCUUGCCGACCACUCGCAACAUCCGUAGGCGACGGCAUCCCCAUUGGGCUGGGUCUGUCUUUUGGCACACUGGGAGCUGGUGCUCGCUUUCCCCUCCCCGAGCGGCGUCCAUUGGCUCGAGGAGGAGAAUCAAGUGGAAGUGAAGAAUCGACGGACUCAGAGUCUGAUCAAUGUGCGGGGGCUCGUGGACUUUGA